AAAAAAAAGUGUAAAAACAUAAUUACACUUAGAAUAAUUGUUGUGGAAAGAAAUAAUAAAAUAGUAAAACUUUCUUUUAUAAUAAUAUUAUUAUGCGCCAAGAGCGUAUAUUAAUCGUCAAUAAAUAUAUAAUUUUACCGAUACGGAGAGAAAGAGAUGAUACGAAUACAAACGAUUUUAAUUAUAACCAUACCAAGAGUAUUGUCCAUUCCUUUUCCACAACAAAAUGGACAAAGUGAUUCUAUAUCUUAUGGUUCAAUUAAUUUAACUGAUUCUGAAGGCAAAAAUCGUAUAUUAUAUUGGGUAUUUGGUAUAGUUGGUAUUGCCGUUUUUGUGGAAGUUGUAUAUUGGAUGUUUAGAUGUGCUAACAUAUUAAAAAAAGAAAGAGAGAAGAAUAAUAACAAUCGAAUUAACAAUAAUAAUGAUAUUGGAAUUAAUCGUAGGAGAGGUUUAUUUGAUACUCCGUCAUAUGCUGGUUCUAUUGACGAACAAUUACCUCCUUACGAAGGUUUUAGUUUACCUAAGUAUAAUAAUAUUAUAAAUGAAAAUACUUCUGAUGAAGGAACUGAAAACACACAAACGGAGGAAAUAAAUACGAGUAUUCCAGAUACGAAUUCAACGGUUGAAAUUGAACCACUUCCUUCCUUACCACAAUCACAACAAUCACAGCAAUCACCUCAACUACCUCAACCACCACAGCCAGCUCGUCUUUCAUUAUCUGAUCCCCCUUCGUAUAAACCAAAUUAAUAGUAUCAUAUAGUAUCAUAGUUAAUUUACUUUAUCAUGUAAUUUUAUAAUAAACUGCGCCAUUGAGCGUGUAACAAUGCGAGGUGUUCUAAUGAUCACGUCACACGCA